AUGUCAAGCAUAACAACAGUGAUCAGACACUCCGGUUUUUGGAAUGAACAGAAUUGCUUUGUUGAUUACAAACUAGACGCAGUUGUCUUCAAAGAUUAUUGUUCAUACGGUGAUUUGGUUGAAACUAUAGCAAUUCAGUUAGGUCUUGAUAUUAUCAGGAAAACGAUAUCAAUAAAAUAUGAUGUUGAAGGAGACAACAUGCCAAUUGAAAUACGCAACAAUAUGGGAGUAAGGGUGUAUGUUGAGCUUAAGAGAGAAAACAGAGGAUUUGAAGCAUAUCCGUUGUGCGUUAGCAUAACUGAUAAUGAUCUUGAGAAUUUUGUGUCCGGCGAAUCUGCAGUUGGAGACAAUAUGUUUCAACUUGAAUUUAAUGAUUAUAUGUAUGCUAUGGACGUAGUUGAUUCAAAUGAUUUGGAUGCGUCAGAUUGUGCUAAGAAAGAUAAGGACACUCUGAAGAAUGUUAUGGCGAAUUAUGCAAUUCGCAAAAGAUUCAAUUUCAGGACAGAGAGGUCGAAUGCCGUAAGUUACACUCUGGUAUGCUGUUCAACAAAUUGUCGUUGGAAAUUCAGAGCUUCAAGUAUAGCGAACUCUGAAAUGUUCAGAGUGAGAUCUUUUCAUGACGAACAUAUGUGUCCAUUGAAGGACAAAGUGUAUUCCCAAAGGCAAGCAACAAGUUGGUUGAUUGGUGCGUCAGUUGUUAAGCCAAAAAUAGCAAAUCACAAGAGGAAAUAUACACCUGGUGAUAUAGUAGACGACGUAAAAAAUGAGUAUGGCAUUGAUGUUUCUUAUAUGACGGCCUGGAGGGCUAGAGAAAAGGCAAUGAAUGAAUUAAGAGGGGAACCAACAGAAUCAUACAAGAAGUUACCGGGAUAUGUCUACAUAUUGGAUAAAACAUAUCCUGGAUCACAUGUGAGAAUGCACAAAUCACAACAAAACGAGUUCUUGUAUUUGUUUAUAGCACUUAAAGCGUUCAUAAAAGGAUUCGAGUGUUGUAGACCAAUAGUUGUAGUAGAUGGUUCCCACCUUAAAACUACAUAUAACGGUACUUUUGUAUCAGCCAGCACGUUGGAUGGUGCAGUUCCAAUAUGCUUUAUGCUGUAUUUCACUGUAAUAAUACACAAAAACAUGUAUGUGCAGUUCAAACAAGCUUAUGGGAAUAGGGAUAACAUGUGUGUUGUAUCAGACAGACAUGAGAACAUCAUUAAGGCGGUGAGUAUUGUGUAUCCAACUGUGCCACAUUUGGCGUGCAUAUGGCAUUUAUGGAAAAAUGUGACCACGAAAUACAAGUCGAAUGGUGAAGUAUUGAGUCCUGUUUUCUAUACACUUGCAAAAGCAUACACACAGGUUGAGUUUGAUAAGCUGAUGGAGAGGAUUGAGAAGGUUGAUUUUCGGGUAAAAGAGUACUUGGAGGAUGCUGGAAGGGAAAAGUGGGCUCGACUGUAUUCACCCGUUAACAGAGGAUGGACAAUGACGUCAAAUAUAGCCGAAUGUAUUAAUGGAAAAUUGGUAGCAGCAAGAGAGUUGCCGGUUUUCGAUUUUCUUGAAGAAGUGAGGAAGAUGUUUGGGAGAUGGAAUUGCACUAAUAGGAGGAACGGUACAUACACAUUCACAACACUUGGGAAAGCAUUCCAGCAAUUAUUAUCAAUAAACGAAUGUAAAUCUCUACGUAUGACGGUUGAACCAUCAACUGAAUAUGUGUAUACCGUAAAUGAUGAGGCAAGGCGAUUCAUAAUUGAUCUUAAAAAGAAAACAUGCAGUUGUUGGAUGUUCCAAAUGGACGAGAUACCAUGUCCACAUGCAUGGGCUGUAUUGAAGAGUAAAAGUCUUAUGCCUGAUGAAUAUUGUUCAGACCUAUUCAAACCAAAGAUAGUGAUUAAGACGUAUGAUGUGCCUGUGGAUCCUCUGCCUGACGAGAGUGAGUGGAAUAUCCCCAAACACAUAAGCGAUGAAGUUGUUUUUCCACCAAGAUACAAGAGACCCCCGGGAAGGCCAAAGAAAAAGCGAGAUAAACCAUUAAUGGAGACAAUGAUUGGUAAACGUAGGAAUGCUUGUAGUACUUGUGGACGUCUUGGUCACAAUAGACGUUCUUGUUCCAAUGAGCCACGUAAGAAGUAG